AUGAGUUUCAGUUUGGAACAAAUAGUUGGAUUCAAAGUUAAGGUUACCAAUGUGUUAGAUACAGUAACACAGGGCAAGAUAUAUUCAUAUGAUUCCGGGAAUAAUACAUUGACGCUUGUGAGUUCUAAGAGAAACCAGACUCCUACUUUUAAAAUUAUCAAGACAUCAUUUAUUAAGAGUUUGGAAGUUGUUGGGGAACGACCUGCCAGUCCUGGGUUUAAAAGAGAUCCGAUCAAGCCUAGCCAUGUUCAUAUCAAUAGAGUGACAGAGAACCUAAAGGUUAAGAUAGCAGAGUGCAAGAAAAAAGAACUUCUUAUAGGUAAGGGAGCUUCGCAUGAGGGCCAAGUGGUAUUUGAAAGCAUACAUAAGACCAUCCCUGACACUAGGUGGCAUGGAAAGUCCAUUAUUGUUCUAGACGAAUUAGAAGUUGUGCCACCGUAUACUUUAGCAGAUGUUAAAUGCAUGAAUAAUCCGGAGGUCAAUUCCAAGGAAUUAGUUGUAAAGAUUGUGGAGGGGGCGUGGAAGAAGCUAGAACUACAAAAGAAGGGUGGUUGA